AUGAAGCCCCUCUACCAACGGCUCAACCUGUACACCGAUGGCAAGGAGGCAUACAUUUUCGUUCCAGUUGAACCCGUCGGCGCGCGCUCCUUGACAAUUUACCGGAAUUCGGGGGAUAUUGUUCUCAAUCCGCUAAACAUGCCCCUACCCGCUAUCGCUGAACGCUCUGGGAAGACAAUAUAUGGAAUAUACGGAAUGAUCUCCUUGGCCAUGUCUGAAUACAUCAUUAUUAUAACUGGGCGUGAACUCCGAGGACGUCUCAUGAGCCAGAAUAUAUACCGCGCCACUGACUAUGAUAUCCUCCCUUUGAACCCGGAUGUCUCUGUUGUAUCUCCACCAAACAGAGUGGAAGCGCAUCUUCUGGCCCUCGUACGGUCGCACCUCACCAACGGCUCAUUCUUCUUUAGUUAUGGAUGGGACCUUACCCGGAGACUGCAAGCGCAAUGGGCGUCGUUACAGAAAGACGCCGACGGGCCGCUCUGGGAAGUGGCGGAUGAUAGAUUCUUCUGGAAUAAGUUCCUCCAUUCGAGAUUCAUAGAUGCGACUGAGGCAAACGCGGAUCAGAACCUCAGUCCAUACAUCCUCCCAGUCAUGUACGGAACGUUUGACAGUCGUGCAGAGCGUCUCUAUGGUCAGCACUUCCGCAUCUGCCUCAUCAGCCGGCGAUCUCGCUACAGGGCGGGAACGCGAUACUUCCGGCGAGGGAUCGACCACGACGGAAAUGUCGCGAACUUCAUUGAAACGGAGCAGAUGCUGCUGGUCGGGACCGACGAUACGAGCGUGCAGCUCAGCUUUGUGCAGCUCCGCGGCAGCGUGCCACUGUUCUGGGCGGAGGUCAAUACCUUGCGGUACAAGCCCGACGUACAGAUCAUGUGUCUGGAUGACACGGUCGCCGCUACGCGCAAGCACUUGGAUCAGUUGCUCAAGAACUAUGGCGACCAGAGCCUCGUGAACUUACUGAACCAGAAAGGACACGAGCAUCCGGUGAAAGAGGCAUUCGAACGUUACGUGAACGAACUCAACCUACCCGGUGUCAGAUAUGAGUACUUCGACUUCCACCACGAAUGCAAGCACAUGAGCUGGGACCGUAUUAGUGUGCUCAUCGACAGCCUCAAGGAAGACCUAAUGAAAUAUGGGUAUUUCCACCUCGACGCGUCGAAGGCUGAGCCAGUGAAGAUGCAGAGGGGCACCGUUCGCACGAAUUGCCUGGACAACCUCGACCGUACGAACGUCGCGCAAGCUGCUGUGGCCAAGUGGAUGCUCAACCGCCAAUUAGUCGCUGUAGACAUCCUGAAGGAAAGCGACUCAAUAGACAACUACGACGAUGUCAUGAAGGAUUUGCGAGAGAUGUGGACCGAUCAUGCGAAUAUGAUCUCGAUAGCGUACAGCGGGACUGGCGCGUUGAAGACCGACUUUACCCGCACUGGGAAACGCACGCGAGCGGGAUUGCUCGAGGAUGGGUACAACUCCGUCAUGCGAUAUCUGAAGAAUAACUUCUUCGACGGCGCGCGGCAGGAUGCGUUUGACCUGAUGACGGGAGCUUGGGUUCCCCAGAGAGCAUGGAUUCCGUCGACACUUGUGAGGGAUUACAGACCCCUCGUUAUCCGUGCGGUCCCAUACGCGCUCUUCUUCUCGCUGUUUAUGAUAGUCGCUGGGCUCACUCUCCCGCGCACCUCUGACUAUUCGCUAUUCUACUACUACUGCCUAUGGUUCACCAUCCUCGCGCUCUCGCUGGUGUUCGUGUUCGCGCACGGUAUCGACUACGUCAACUGGCCGCGCCUGAACCCGCUCACGGGAAUUAUUUUCUACGAGGGGCCGGGCUACCGCUCUGGUCACCGCGGUAAAGGCUUUGGUAUCCCAGCGCUCGACGUGCGUAGACUGAAGGGGGGUCAGCGCGCGAAGGUCAUGUCAGAGGCCGGCCGCCGCGCGCGGAGCAAGCUCGAGGAGAUCGAGAUGGGGACGAAGGAACGGCUGGACUGA